AUGAAUCAUCUACCUAUCGAAGACCAUGUGAUGCCCUUCUCUCAGCUAUACCCUGAUUCAUUCGCUCAAAUAACUCCUCAACAAGGGGAAAACAAGCCAAGACGCAGGCGAAAUAAAAAGAAUAAAGGUGGAGAAAACGGGGCUAUGGACACCGUUAAGAAGAGAAAGCUCACCGUUGAACAAGUUAAUCUUCUUGAGCAAAACUUUGGCAAUGAACAUAAACUUGAAUCUCAAAGGAAGGACAGGCUCGCAUUGGAACUUGGUUUGGACCCUCGACAAGUUGCGGUGUGGUUUCAAAACAGAAGAUCUCGUUGGAAGAACAAAAAAUUGGAGGAAGAAUACACCAAUCUUAAGAAUCUUCAUGAAGCCAUCUUGCUCGAGAAAUGCCACCUUGAGGCCGAGGUAUUGAAGCUCGAGAAGCAACUUUUAGAGGCAAACAAGGAGAUUCAGCGGCUACUAGAGCGUGCUGAUAGAGCCCCAAGCAACAGCUCCAAUUCCUCACAGUCACAGUCAAUGGAUGCUGUGAACCCACCAUUUCUUGGAGAGUUUAGCGUGGAAGUAUAUGAUGAUGGUGAUGUGUUUUACAUUCCAGAGACCCAUUACAUCAAUGGAAUGGAGUGGAUUAAUCUGUACAUGUGA